AUGACAAAGAAGGCAAUGCAAGAUGUUAACCGGCAAUCAAUCCUCAACUCCACUGUCACCUCUCCAAAAUUAUCCGCCAGUUUGGCAGCUCUUUCCCUACGGUCUUCGCCGCCACCUCCACCAGCUCCUUCAUUUGUAAACAAACGCCUCAACCACCACAAUGCCUCAAUUCCACCUUCAAAGAAUGCGUUGAAGUCUCUUUGUCAAGAAGCGGAAGAUUUGAUUCCUCUAACAACCACUGGAAGCCUGCAUCCAACCCUCAAUGCGUCAUCUGCAGUCAAUUCAGCCUCGGCGUCGUUGAAAAGGAGGGUGAAUUUUGCCGACAGAGUGCACAAAGAGGGAAGCGGACCCCAACCCGCAAGUUGUAGAUCUUUUGAUGAAAGUGAAGGCAUCGCACCAAAGAUUAAACCUGCAAUCAAGAAAGGUGAUAAUUGUAAAGAUAGCUCCGAUUCGAUGAGUACUGGAAAACGAUCAGUGUAA